AUGGACAAGCUCAGCAAGAGGGGCUUCUUUGAUGCCCUUCAAAGGCUCGAUAACUCCGAUGAUGAAGACGAUGACUCUUUUGAGAAUCUUCUCUUCAGUUCGCGAUCUUCUCGGAAUCCAGGUCCAUCUGCUGCUCCUGUCCCAGCCAGUCCUGGGCCCGCUUCUCUUCAACGUUCCAACACCGAACCUCUGGCCUUACCUGCUGUUGGACUGCGGCAAAUUCCUCACACCGGUAAUCCUCGAAGCUUUGUCGAGACCACCGGAACGAUGCCGUUGAUAAAGGCCGCAGGUCCUCCUGCGAAGAAGAGGAAGACAGAUAACCUCAAGAUUCUCCCUGAAAAUCGGCAGAUCUUUAAAGGGCUUUCAUUCUUCUUUUUGCCGAACAAUGAUAUCGCCCCGUCUCGGCGACUGCGCAUCCAACGGGCUCGGGAGUAUGGUGCUCAAUGGGCCAGAGAAUGGACAGAGAGUAUCACGCAUGUAAUUGUCGACAAGGGCCUUCUAUAUCAGGACCUCUUAACCCACGUGAAGGCCGAAAACUUACCUGCUCGUAUUGCCGUUGUGAAUGAAUCCUACCCAUCCGACUGCAUCAGAUUUCGAACAGUCUUGAGCACCCUGCAAGUACGCUUCCGUGUCAAGGGCACCCCGGUGGAUACGGACAAUUUAGAGCCAACUAUGACCGCUGAGCCGGUACUCGCAGACUCCUUGCCACUGAAACCAUCGAGAAGAGCACGGCAAAAGUCUCCAGAAACUUCUCAGUCAAACUGCGAAACAGCGCUAAUCGAGUCACCUUUCCCCAAGCUAGCAGUCAGCCAGCCAGCGCCAGAGACAGAGCAUGAUGCAAUUACGCGCGAAAGGGAUUCCCUAGAUGAUGUUAUCGACGAGGCAAAAGCAGCCAAUCAUUUGCCCCUCGAUGCACUUGACUCAUCUGACGAGGAAUCCCAUGCCGAAGAAACCGAUGGCGAAUCCUCUGAGCGAGAGGACGCCCCCAAAAAGAAACAGAGAGAACCGCUCGGGGAGAAUAAGACUGGGCAAUCAUGGAUGCAGGGCUUCGCUUGCAUGCAAAAGUUCGACCCGAACGCAAAAAGUGAUAACCCCAACAGCAGAACCAUCGAGAUCCUGCAGCAAAUGUUGGAUUACUAUACCCGCACCGUCGAUCAAUGGCGCACAAUGGCCUAUCGCAGGGUGAUCGCUGCAUUACGCCGACAGCCUCAAAAGGUCGCAACACGAGCUCAGGCUCUGGCCCUCCCCGGCAUCGGAAAACGACUGGCGGACAAGAUCGAGGAAAUUGUCCUCACCGACCGCCUCCGUCGUCUUGAUCACACCAAUGAAUCUCCCGAAGAUAGAAUGAUUCAAGUAUUUCUUGGUGUCUACGGUGCUGGCCUCAUCCAAGCGUCUAAAUGGGUUGCACAAGGCUAUAGAUCUCUCGAUGAUCUCCGGGACAGAGCACCGCUCUCUAAAAACCAGCGCAUCGGAGUGGAGCGUUACCACGACUUUGCUCAGCGAGUACCACGCAAGGAGGUCGAAGAACAUGGAGCGAUCGUCCGUCGGGCAGUACAGGCGGUGGACAAGGACAUGCAGGUCAUUAUCACAGGUUCUUACCGCCGCGGGGCACUGGAUUCGGGAGACAUCGAUCUCCUCAUCACCAAGCCGAACGCAUCGCUGGAUAAAAUACAAUCACUGAUGAUGAACAUCGUGGUGCCAAAGUUGUUUGACGAUGGAUUUUUGAAAGUUGGACUUGCUACCUCGCGUCAUAACCACGACGCGUCCAAAUGGCAUGGCGCGUCCGCUCUGCCUGGGAAUGUGUGGCGACGCAUCGAUUUGCUUUUUGUGCCUGGGGCCGAGUUCGGGGCUGCAAUCCUUUACUUCACCGGAAACGAUAUUUUUAACCGCAGCAUGAGACUACUAGCCCGAAAAAAGGGUAUGGUGUUGAACCAGCGAGGGCUGUACACGGAUGUGCUUCGCAGCGCCGGUGUGAAGAUCAACCCGGGGCGACUAUUGGAGGCACGCAAUGAGCGCCGGAUCUUUGCGGCCUUGGGAGUGCCCUGGCGGCCUCCAGAGUAUCGAAUUUGCUAG